UGACGAUGGCGCUUCGUGCUACUCAAUCCACUGCUCGUUUCGCAUCGAAUCUCCGACGUCUCGCUCGUCCUUUCUCUACAGACGCGGUGGUUGAGUCUGAUUCCAAACGCGGCGAGAUCGGUAAAGUCUCCGGAAUCCCCGAGGAGCAUCUUGCUCGCAAGGUGAUAAUAUACUCACCAGCUAGAACAGCUACACAGCAAGGAUCUGGUAAACUUGGCAAAUGGAAGAUUAACUUUGUCUCCACCUUAAAGUGGGAGAAUCCAUUGAUGGGAUGGACUUCUACAGGUGACCCUUAUGCCAAUGUUGGUGACUCCGCUCUUGGUUUUGAUUCUGAGGAAGCUGCCAAGUCUUUUGCUGAGCGUCAUGGCUGGGAUUAUGUGGUCAAGGAGCCCAAAACACCCUUAUUGAAGGCCAAGUCAUACUCGGACAACUUCAAGUGGAAAGGCAAACCUCAACCAGAGAACUGAUCUUACUACAUCUUCUCUUCCAUUUCUCGAGCAAAAAGAGAUACCUCGCUUGAUAUAAAGAAACGCUGUCUCAUCUUUAUUCUUAUUUAGCAUCUGUGAGCUUUUCAACUUGAACUAUAUUAUCCAUGGUUGGAUUCUUUUUUUUUUCCAAUGUUUCCUUUAUUACAAUAAUAAUAUGAUGAUGAUGAUGACAAACACUCCUCUCGUAUUUCAUCAAAAGCUUUAUGAUUAAUUUUACAAUUCUUCUUCACAGCUUCGAUUAUGUUUAAAUUAAAGAGAGAAAGAGAUGGUCAUAGUUGAGUUAAUAAUCCCAUAAUAAGGUACAAAAGUUCAAAAGACAAAUUCGAAACAGAAGAAAUAAAGAAGAUAAACAACAGGGGACGACAUAUUGUUGAACUAGACACAAGUCUGUCUUUUUCAUUGCAUGUAAUGAAAAAGCAAUCAGUAAAUCCUCCGAUCAGAAACAAGCAUCCAAGAGACAGCAACAGCAGAGUGCAGCCAAACUGUGAUCCACAGUUAAUAAACAGAGCAUAACAUAUUAACACUACCGGAUCAAGAACCAAAAACAAUAAUAGGUAUAGGAGGAUCAAGAAACAUACCAUCCUUCGAGCAUGCCGGGUUGCUGCUUUUGCUGUGGAGCUUGAGAGUAUUGAGGUGGAGGAUAACCUUGAGCAGGGUAUCCCUGACCAUAUCCUGGUGGUGGAUAACCGGCGGGAGGAUAGCCAGCCGGAGGAUAACCGUCCUUAGGAGGAUACCCUUUUUCAUCAAGAUUUUCAAAAGCAUGUUAAAACCAGUAGAGAGAAUAAGCUCAAAACAGAGUCUCAAAGAUCAAAGAAACUACAAAAAGAGACAUUUUACCUUGGGGAGGAGGAGCACCGACAGGAUGUUGUUCUUGAUUAUACAUCUUUUUGAGUUCUUCUAAGCUUUUUUUGUUUUGUUUUGUUUUGUUUCUUUCUCUUCUCUUUUUAAGCAAGCUCUGUUUCCUUCCUUUAUAGCGAAGUUAUGACGGUGAGCAAUUAUAUUUACUUUUUUCUUCUAAUUGAUUUGUUGAUACA